GAGGAGCACACCUGUUGCAUUGUAAAAGUGGAAUGGGAAUUAUAGGAAAUGUGUUACUUUGGCAACGCCUUGGUUGAGAACAAAUAUGACAUUCGGUUUGCGGCAUAGUGUCGACGGUGACUUGAGCCCUUCGUGGUAGAAAUAUUUUACGAUACGGACAACAGCAUCAGUCGAUUAAAUGCAUUUUGCUUUAGAGUUUACUGUUGGAAUCGUAUUGAUUGGCGUUUUAAUUCAUACAACUUCCGGAAUCAAAUGCUGGGAAUGUCGUUCGGACUUGGAUCCAAAAUGCAGCGAUCCGUUUGACAAUACUUCGGUUCCCCUUUCGGAUUGCAGCAGAAAAUCGUUGGCCCACUUGUCGGAAGUGAGGGCCACCCUAUGUCGGAAGGUUCGACAGAAAGUGAACGGAGAAUGGCGUUACAUCCGCAGCUGUGCUUUCAUCGGAGAGCCCGGCAUAGGGGGCGAUGAGCGCUAUUGCUUGAUGCGCAGUGGAACCUUCAAUAUUUUUGUUGAAUAUUGCACGUGCAACAGUAAGGAUGGUUGCAAUAGUGCCUUAGAUAAAGUGCCUUUGAGUCAUUUAUUGGUUAGCUCAUUCAUUCUAUGUUGCUUUAUAACAUACAUGAUUGGAGAUUUUGGUUAGUAGGAUCUGCGUAGCAAAUGUUUUUUUUCUCAUUCUUAUUUUUUUAAUAACAAUUCUACAAUCAAUAAAAUAUAAUCAGUGCCUUAUGUUCUGUAUGUAGGCACAAAACUAGUUCCGUAAUUGAAAAGCGCAAAAGUUGGACAAUUCUAUGAUAAUUAUUAUAAUCUAUUUUUCAAGAAUCAUUCCAAUAUAUUCAUAACAGACUUUGUAUACAUAUCACACUAAUAAAUGCCUUAUCACAUGACUGUGGAUAAAAUCUUAAAGGUACAUAUGUGUAUUCAAUAACGGAAAACACCGAGAGAAGUUUCUAGUAAAGAACUGUAAAUUAGGAUUUUUAAGUACUCCUCUUGUAAUUACGUCUGUUUGACAGAUGAUAAUAUCUGGUGAUGAACUCUCAAAUGUUUUUGAAAAACAUUUCAAUAAAGUCUUUAAAAAAAGAUGAUAACAUUAAAAUUUACUGCAAGGAAAUCGAGAAAAUCGUACAUACAAAGAUGGCAA